AUGGAAAAAAUUCCAGACCAACUCGGAUUCUUGAUACUAACUGAGGACGGCGCAGUCCUAGAAUCCGGUGGUGAGCUCGAAAACGACGAACGUGUUGCAACAAUUGUAACUGAUUUAAUCAGUUUAUCUAAUAGUAUCGAUCCAGUUGCAUUUGGACCAGAAGAAAAAUUUAAGAAGAUAUCAAUAUCAUAUGAUGAUCAUUGGUUUGUUAUCUGCAUAUCUAAUAAAAAAAUAUAUGUUGUAAAGAGAAGCAUACAGAUAUCAUCUUCUGAAAGUAUAGCUGUCAAUGCU